AUGGCUGAUACCACACAACGACACCCAAAUCUCCACCUCACCCCGGAGGAAAAGCGUGUCUUCUUCCAGCUUUUCCAGGCUGCUGAUACCACCAACCUCGGCGUCAUUACUGGUGAAAUCGCCGUUCCAUUCUUUGAGAAGACUCACUUAUCCCCGGAUACUCUCGGUCUGAUAUGGCAAAUUGCGGAUAAAGAGAACAGGGGUCUCCUGACCCCGUCUGGCUUUGGUAUUGUUCUGCGACUAAUUGGACAUGCCCAAGCUGGCCGUACACCCUCCGACGAGUUAGCUCUGCAAAGUGGUCCUCUGCCUCGUUUUGACGGAAUUGUGGUCGAUACAACGGCAGGCAUCCCGGAAUCGGGGACGAAAAGCCCUCCGCCUGGAGCAAAUGGGCCUAUUCGUGUUCCUCCACUUCAGCCGGAUGACGCCAACAAAUUCGUCUCUCUGUUCGAGAAGUCGGACGUCACCAAUGGGAUGAUCUCGGGCGAAACCGCAAAACAAAUCUUCGAACGCGCCCGGCUCCCAAAUGAAGUUCUGGGCCGUAUCUGGUUUUUGUCUGACACCAAGCAGCGGGGUGCCUUAGAUGCCACCGAAUUUACAAUUGCCAUGCAUCUCCUUACGUCAUAUAAAUCUGGCGCCCUGCGCAACAUCCCAGCGACCCUACCACCUGGUCUGUACGAUGCGGCAGCUCGAAGGGGAUCUGCACGGGCGUCUUUUGGAUCGAGACCCAAUGUGCCCCCCAUCCCGGCUAUUCCCCAGCAAUUUACUGGACCCCAGCGAACUACAAGCCCUAUGAGCCAGGCCAAUCGUGUGCCUUUUGUAGGCUCCCUUUCCGCUCAGGCUACCGGGGGAGACUGGUUGAUUACCCCACAAGAAAAGGCCCAGUUUGAUAGCAUUUUCGAGACUGUUGAUACAGCUAAGUUGGGACUCAUUACUGGAGACCAAGCUGUCGCUUUUUUUAUGAAGGCCCAGCUCCCCGAAGAAACACUUGCUCAAAUUUGGGACCUUGCGGAUAUCGACGCAGACGGUCAGCUGAGCCGGGAAGAAUUUGCCGUCGCUAUGUACUUGGUGAGAAUGCAGCGUAGCGGCAAGGAGCCGUUACCACAAGUGGUCCCGCCCGCCCUCAUCCCGCCCAGCAUGCGCCGCCAAGUGCAUGCACCAAUGGCAGCCCCCACUCCUCCUCCAGCUCCCGCCCCCGCUGUGCGGACAGCGGCCGAUGAUUUGUUCGGCCUCGAUACGCCUGUGCAGCCCUUUGCCCAGCCUCAGAUGCCUCAGUCUACAGGAGGCUCCAAUAGUGCUUUCCAAACUCCAGGCUCGCCGUCUUCUAGAGCAUCCCCUCAGACGACAUCGCACACCUUCAAGCCUUUUGUUCCAACUUCUACCUUUGGCCAGAGCUUGCAGCCACAGAUCACUGGUGCGUCAGCUGGGACCUCGACAGGAGUUCGCUCCCCUCCGCCUCCAUCUGAUGAUCUCCUUGGUGAUAAUGACCCCGAAGAAUCAAACAAGUUGACCAAUGAGACUACUGAGCUCGCGAACUUAUCCAACCAAAUCGGCUCUUUGGCCAAGGAAAUGCACACUGUGCAGGAGAAGAGGACCACUGCUGAACAAAACAUCACACAAACAUCACAGCAGAAACGUGACUUUGAGACACGUCUUGCACAAGCACGGUCAAUGUACGAGCAAGAAGUUACAAAUUUCAAGGCACUUGAGGAGCGCCUCAAGACAUCAAAGGCGGAGACGCAGAAACUUCAGCAGCAAUAUGCAUUGUUGGACGGCAGCCGCCAGGAUCUGCAGAAUCAAUAUACUCAAGUUUCGACAGCUUUGGCUGCCGAUGAGCAGGAGAAUGCCAGCUUAAAGGAGAAGAUCCGCCAGGCCAAUGCUGAGGUCGCCCAGCUCAAGCCGGUACUCGAGAAGGCUCGAUCCAAUGCACGCCAACAGAAGGGUCUUGUUGCCAUUAACAAGAAGCAAUUGGCUACCGUCGAAGGCGAACGGGAUAAGCUUCAGGGUGAAAUCGACGGUCUGGCUAGGGAGACGCCACAGUAUUCCGAGGAGUCUGUGACACCAGCCGGUAGUGUACCCGAGGUUGCAAGCCCUGCUAUCUCUACGGCAAGCCAAAACACAAACCCCUUCUUCCGUCGAACAGGCAGCUCGAGCGAACAGACACGGUCACCUGAUGUUUCCAAUGAUCAGCAGAGGGCAUUUGACAGCCUCUUCGGACAGUCAUUUGCAGCUGCCCCUGCUGCCGGACCACCGCCCACUUCGUUCCGCUCCGAGUCCCCACAAGUUGCGAUCACAUCUCCUGUUACAUCUGCUGUCACGACUCCAUCAGUUUCUCCUCCCCCUGGUUCUUUGCCUGGCGCAUUCCCUGCCGGGCCCUUCUCUGAGCCACCGCCUCCGAGCCAAUCUCGCCAGAUGACCCCAAACUUCCUGCAGUUUAACGAUAAUCAAUCUGUGACUUCGUCCACCAUGGUUUCGCCUCCUGCAAGUCGAUUUGGUGGCCCUGAAACCUCUGGUUUUGAUACGCCUUCUCAGGCGGCUACCAACGACUAUGGACCUAAAUCAGUAGCAGAAUCCAGCGACUACAGUCGUGCACCAACCUCAACGGUUGAAGGUACACCGGCACGGUCUCCGUUCGAGGAGGAGGGACAAGAGGCCUCAGCUAGGUUCCCCGAAGUCCCGGCCGCAACUGCCCAGCAGCCCGAAUCUGCAACAUCCCCUGUCGCUAAAGAGAGCGAGGUUGAAGUCCACAAGGACUUAAGCUUUGAUGAGCUGUUUGGCAGCAAGGCCCACAAACGGUCGGAAUCCCAGCAAGGUAAUGACUUUGAGGAGGCGUUUGCUUCUAUGAAGCCUGUAACUGGAGCUGAGCGGACAAACGGAGCUGCAUCGAUCGGUCCAUCCGAAUUCCCCCAAUCCAAGAGCUACACCAUGACGACGACGACGAUGAGAGCUCUGACGAUGAGGGUGCUAUGGGAUUCGAUGACAAUUUCACGCCUCCUGCACCAAUUGCCAAAAAGGAGACCCAGCAGGAUUCCAUUGACGCUGCUCAACUGGCUGCUUUCCCUGUUCCGGGAAACUCAAAUAAACCUCCAUCUCCCGCGGCGCAACAGAGCCCCCCCAGAGUAUGAAGCCCCGAAAGAAGAUGCUGUUCACCUUCCUUCUCAGUUUGAUGGCCUUUUACCCGAGCGUGCCAAUCCCACCGUCGCACCGGAUGCGCCUCACUCAGUGGAUCACACCACUGGGGCCCCUGUCGUAAGCAAUGAGACACAACGAGACUCUGUCUCCGAUGCCGCCAUUCCUCCAGGUGGAGCAAAGGUGGGAGGACCAGACUUCGAGGCAGCCUUCGCGGGAAUGAACCUUGCACCCGCAGUCGAAGCAGAUGACGAUGACGACGACGAGCCACUGGGUCAUGAAGCCAAGAACACGACCGACUUUGAUUUCUCUUUCGACUCUCCGUCCCAGAAGCAGCAGACUGUCUCCGGUGCUGAUGCUAGCCAGUCCAGCUCCUCUCAGUUCUUCGCUUUCGACAACAACGUCCAUGCAUCCGCCGCCCCGCCUGUUGGAUCACCCAACGACGGAGAAACAAAGCCGGCUUCGCAUGAAUGGGACGCGCUCUUUGCGCCUCUUGAUAAGUCCAAGCCCGAUACCGGCGAAGACUCGAACGGAGCGAAAUCCAAACAGCCUGGAUGGGCUCUGAACAACGACACUGGCGAAGAUGACCUGAUUCUUCAGCGGCUGACCGGCAUGGGCUUCACACGGGAUGAGUCCUUGGAUGCCUUGGAGAAAUUUGACUACAACCUUGAUAAGGCUGCCGACCACUUGACUUCAAAGACUUGA